AAAAUCUGCAGUAUUGAUUUCUCAUUGGCCGUAUGAUAUUUCUGACUUUUGGACAGAUCAACAACACAUAGGGUUAUUAUGGACUGUCGGGAUGGAUGCAGCUACUCUCACGUACGACACACUUGGCUUUGGAGAGUUUGAAGAUUUUCCAGAGACCUCAGAGCCUGUGUGGAUCUUGGGGAAAGAAUUCAACGCACUCACAGAAAAGGAUGACAUUCUUUCAGAUGUCACGUCACGAUUAUGGUUCACCUACAGAAAAAACUUCCCACCCAUUGGAGGGACAGGGCCUACGUCCGACACAGGCUGGGGCUGCAUGCURCGAUGUGGACAGAUGAUCCUAGGCGAGGCCCUGGUCUGCAGGCAUCUAGGCCGAGACUGGAGAUGGGUGAGAGGCCAGUCUCAGAGAGAAGACUACGUCGGUAUCCUCAACGCCUUCCUUGACAAGAAAGACAGCUACUAUUCUUUACAUCAAAUUGCCCAGAUACAUCAUCGGGGAGGGAAGUCUAUAGGCCAGUGGUACGGACCGAACACAGUGGCACAGGUACUGAAGAAACUAACUGUGUUUGACUCGUGGAGUCGUCUGGCGGUACAUGUUGCUAUGGACAACACCGUGGUGAUGGAGGAGAUCAAGCGGUUGUGUAUGCCCUGGCUGGACUAUGGUGGAGCAGCGUGUGCAGAGCCCGCGGGGUGGAUGCCGAAGCACAACGGCUGCCUGGAAGGGGCCUGCGCCCUGGCUGAGGAGGAGACGGCUCUCUGGAAGCCCCUGGUCCUUCUCAUCCCUCUCAGGCUGGGCCUGAGCGACAUCAACAAGGCCUACAUCGAGACCCUGAAGCAAUGCUUCCAGCUGCCCCAGUCUCUGGGUGUCAUCGGAGGGAAACCCAACAGUGCCCAUUACUUCAUAGGCUAUGUUGGAGAGGAGUUGAUCUACCUGGACCCCCACACCACCCAGUCUGCAGUAGAGCCCUGUGAGGACGGUCAGGUCCCUGAUGACACUUACCACUGUCAGCACCCGCCGUGCCGCAUGCACAUCUGUGAAAUAGACCCCUCCGUCGCAGUGGGUUUCUUCUGCAGAACGGAGGACGACUUCGAUGACUGGUGUAUGCGUAUCCGAAAGAUUUCUCAGACCGGUUGGAGCGGUUCUUUGAUUCUGAGGAUGAAGAGUUUGAGAUCUUGUCCCUGUGAUGAACAGGAGGAAUACAGUUACUAUCUGUCCUGGCAGAAACCCCCGACGAUUCUUCUCUGUAUCAGAAGGGAAGCCAUAGGGGACAGCAGAUGACUGGUGACAUCACUAGCCAGUCUGGCACCGAUGGUGUAGUGAUGUGUCAAACAGUUGUCUUCUGGUCAGGUGCUCACCGUGUCCAAUGAGGAGACUCCUUGCUGCGAGGUGGUACCAGGUAGUGCUCUCCGUGUCCAAUGAGGAGACUCCUUGCUGCGAGGUGGUACCAGGUAGCAGGAGCUCUCAGGAAACAUUCAGUGCUACGUGCAUCUUCACAUUGUUUUCUCCAUUUUUAAGUCUUAACACGUUAAAUAUUUCCUUUAAGUCAGGGGUGUCAAACUCAUUCCACGGAGGGCUGAGUGUCUGCAGGUUUUUUGUUUUUUUCCCCCCAUUAAAUUAAGAUCUAGACAAGUAGAUAAAUGAAGUUCCCUACUAAUUAGUGACCUUAAUUCAUCAAUCAAUUACAAGGGUGAAGCAACAAAAACAGACACUCGGCCGUCUGUGGAAUGAGAUUGACACGUGUGCUUUAAGUGAUAUGGUGCCUCCCCCCCCCUAAACUGAAUUACCAUAACACACAACGGUGUCUUUAGGAACUUGGUUUACUCUGUACACUUGGCUUAUGUCACUACCUGUAUUGACUGAUGUCAAUUGUAAACCAAAAUGUGGUUGAGUGAAAUUUGCAGACAAAGUUAGAUUUGCUUGUAUUAUAAUAAUUUCUUUAUUGAGAGUACCAUUAUGUCUAAAAUCUCUGUACUGAACACUGGCUCAUUUUAAAGAUGAUUUAUUUUCUUCUAACGACACAUAAAGAAAGAUGAAUGGACAUGUUAAUGAAAAUACAAUUUAAAAAGUUAAA